AUGACUACUUCAUCUGAGGACGUAUUACUUCAAGUAAAUCAAGUGCGAUAUAAGAAAGGGGAUGGAACUUUGUAUGUAAUGAAUGAAAGAUUAGCUUGGAUGAUGGAUAAUAGGGACACCGUUUCAGUGAGUCACAAAUAUGCAGACAUUAAAAUGCAAAAAAUUUCUCCCGAAGGUAAAACAAAAAUUCAACUCCAAGUUGUUUUACAUGAUGGUAGCGCUUCAACUUUUCAAUUUACCAACAGACUGGGUCUUCAAGCUCAAAUUAAAGAUAGAGAUGAUGUUAAAGAACUAUUAGUACAAUUACUUCCUAAAUUUAAAAGAAAAAUUGAUAAGGAACUAGAAGAAAAAAAUAGGCUUUUAUCGGAAAAUCCUAGUUUAUUGCAAUUGUAUCGAGAUUUAGUAAUAACUCAAGUUAUUACUUCUCAGCAAUUUUGGAAUGAACAUGCUGUUAAGUACACGAGUAAAAUGAAUAUGCAAAAACAAGAAAUUGGAGUUAAUGGAGCAUUUUUAGCUGAUAUAAAACCACAGACUGAUGGUUGUAAUGGAUUAAAGUACAAUUUGACUGCAGAUGUUAUACAGUCAAUAUUUAAAACAUAUCCAGCAGUUAAGCACAAGCAUCUUGAAUAUGUUCCUCACAAAUUAUCGGAAGCUGAGUUUUGGACAAAAUUUUUUCAAAGUCAUUACUUCCACAGGGAUAGGAUAAAUGCUGGCAAUAAGGAUGUUUUUACAGAAUGCGCGAGAGUAGAUGAUGAAGAAUUAAAAAAAGAAUUAGAUAAUGGAGUACCUGAUGUUCUGUGUAAUAUAUCAGAAUUUGAAGACAAAACCCUAGAUGAAGGCUAUGGCACAGGAACUUCUACUGCUUCAGUCCAAGCAUCAAGUGGAAAUAUAGUUCAUCAAAAUAUGAUUAAAAGAUUUAAUCAGCAUUCAAUUAUGGUAUUAAAAGCUAGCGAAAAAAAAAAUGAUGAAUCAAAUGGAGCUUUUACAACAAGUGAUGGAAUGGUAGCAGUUGGUUCUGCUCCAGUUCCAAAAAAAUCAGAUAUACCAAAUGGAUCAGCCGAGGAGCCUAAAUCGAAAAAAAGUCGUUUACAAGAAAAAAUUGUAUUUGAUGAUUUGGUUUCACAAGGAGAAGAAAAUGAUGCAGCACCCAAAUUGCAAUUAUCACAAUGUAAUGAUAACUAUUUAAUUGAACGAUACCUAAAUUGCCCAAUGCAAAUUGCUAAUUUAGAUAUAUCAACAGAUUAUUUUUCAGUCUGUUCUAAAAUGGCAAAAGAAAGUGAAAAUUGGUUAGUUCAAAAAAAACAAAGCACUCCGGUUUUAGUUAGUCCGGCAAAUGCUGUUUCAGCAUUAGGUGAACUUACUCCCGGUGGAGCUUUAAUGAAAGGAUUUCAGGAAGAAUCUUUAGCACAACUUGUACCUAAAGAACUUGAGAAAGAACUGAAGCAUACAUAUAAUGCAUUGUGUGAACUGCUUAGACACUUUUGGUCUUGUUUCCCUCCGACAACAAAAACUCUCGAAGAAAAAGCUAGUAAUGUUCAUGAAUCUCUUCACAGGUUUGAAUUAGCUAAGCUUAAGCCUUUCGAGUUUAAUCCAUUGAGUCAACACUUAACGAGACAUGUGAAUGAAAUGCUACAAUUUGCCUAUAGGAAAUAUAAUACAUGGCAACAAAGGAUGCACAGGUAG